CGAUAAUCAAUCCUCUACACCCUACAAUACAGUCCCCACUUUCAGCACACCCAUAAAUCUCUCUCUCCUUCUCACAGUUUCUCUCUCUUAACUCUACAAUGGCAAAGAAAGUAACAAACUUUUCUGAUCUGAUCCAAAGAGUAACAGCUUCUUGCUUACUCCAUCCAUUAGGAAACCACAAUAUUGAAAUGACCCCGGAUCGGUUCUUUGAAUCAACAAAUUCCCACCAGCUAAAAUCGAAACUUUCAUCUCCAGAAGAUGAAGAUGAAGAACAAGAUUACAAUAAUUCAUCUUCCAUUGAAGAAGAAGAAGAACAAGAACAAGAAAGUGGUGAAAUCUAUGAAGAUGCAAGAGAAACAGAAGAAGAACUACAGAGUAAAAGAUAUAAUAUCAGUAACAAUAAUAUGAAUAUAAAUAGUACCGAAAAUGAGGCAAUGUGGAUGUUAAUGGGUCAAGUAUUUGAUUCAAUUUCAGCAAUGAAGAAAGCUUAUGGUAAAUUACAAGAGGCCCAUAACCCGUGGGACCCGGAAAAAAUGCGGGUGGCAGAUACGGCGGUGGUUGCGGAGCUCCGGCGAUUGGGAGUGCUGCGGGAAAGAUUUAGGAGAGGAGGUGAAAGGUUGAGGAAAAGUGUUGCAGUGGCGGCGGAGGCGGCAGAGAGGGUGAGUGAAAUGGUAGCGCCAUAUGAGGCGGCUGUGGAGGAGUUGAAGAAGGAGGUGAAAGUUAAGGAGGCUGAAUUAGAAGAGUUGAGACAAAAGGUUAAUAUUUUGAGUGUUAAUGGUGGGAAUGGUAGUAGUAAGAAAAAUGGGAGGUCUUUGUCUAGGAAGAAAGGUGGUAGUUUUAUUCAACAUCAAGUUCCAACUUCCCCAACACCAUACAUGUUUGAAGCAACAAUGAAGCAAUUGCGAGAUACCUCGAAAUCAUUCACUGCUCACCUUCUGUCUCUAAUGCGAUCCGCUCAUUGGGAUCUCUCGGCUGCUGUUCGGUCCAUCGAAGCUGCUAUCUCCACCACCGGAUCAACUGCCAUUACAAGCACCAACCCACAUCAACACCAAACGAAACACGCCCUUGAAUCGUAUGUUCUUCGAAAGAUAUUCCUAGGCUUUGAUCAUGAAACUUUCUACAUGGAUGGAACUCUUUAUUCGCUCCUCAACCCAUCCCAUUUCCGAAAUGAAUGCUUCUCUAAGUUCAAGGAUAUGAAAUCCAUGGACCCAUCUGAAUUGCUUGGCAUAUUACCCAAUUCCCCAUUUGGUGUUUUUUGUAGCAAGAAGUACCAAGAGAUUGUUCAUCCCAAAAUGGAAGAGUCUCUAUUCGGUAAUCUGGAGCAGAGGAAUCAGCUUCUGAGUGGGAAGCAUCCAAGGACACAGUUCUAUAUCGAGUUUCUGGGGUUAGCCAAGGCAAUUUGGUUGCUCCAUUUGCUUGCGUUCUCACUGGAUCCACCUCCAAGCCACUUCGAAGCAAGUCGAGGAGCAGAGUUUCAUCCUGUGUAUAUGGAGAGUGUGUUGAGGUAUCCAGGUGGUAAAGUUCCAUCAGGUCAAGUAGUCGGAUUCCCGGUGAGUCCUGGAUUCAAGUUGGGCAAUGGGUCUGUCAUUAAGGCUCGGGUUUAUCUUGUACCUAGAAAGUGAAUUAAGUUGUUUGAGAUUAGGGUAUGUGAUGUAGCUAGAUAGCCUGUGUAAUGUAGUAGGGUUGAUUAUGAAUGAAGGUAGAAACUCUUAAUGUUUUCAUCUUAUUGAAAGAAAUGAUUUUUUGGUUGCCUUUCAUUUCAUCAUUUUGAGGAUAAAUACAUCAAGUA